GUUAACGUCUCAAGAGCAAACAUAAUCAACUGACCAAUCGGAGCAUUCAGAUAUCGCGCCUAUCUACGAAAAUAAUAGAUAUUCGGUUCUUGCCAUUGUUUCUGAUUACUUAUUAUUUAGAUAGGAAUUUGGUCCGUGCAAGAAGGAUUGAUAAGAGAUUACCGCGGCCACAGUAACGUUUGAUCCUCCGAGUAAAGAACAUCUCGUUGCGGAGACAACAGAGCAACAGUUAACUAAUUGAAUCAAUUGAACGAGUGCCGUCCGCCGGUGAUUGCGGCCCCCGAAGUAAGUCGAUGUGACUGCCCUGUGCUUCACGAUUCCAGAGUGCCUUAUUGUGUCUAAAAUGUGCAUAUUUGCGUGAUAUGAUGAGAUAUCAGUUUGACAUAAGAAAUGGAAAUUAAAAUGAAGAGUAGAUCGUACAUCAUCUGCCUGGGGUUGGUGUUAACCGUGUCAUGCAAGGAACUGACGGACCUAGAAGUGCUGGCGUCAGCGCCAACGCGGUGCACAUAUGAACAUGCCUACGAUAUGCUCGGAGCUCACUGCGGAGGUCUACGACUUACCAAGAUUCCUUCGCUGAGAGGCGGCAUUGAGAUUCUCGACUUCAGUGACAACAAGUUGUUAGAAAUACACGCCGAAACUCUGUCUUCGUACUCCAGCAUAAAAUUCCUAUAUUUGUCUGAAAAUCAAAUAUAUAUGAUCGAUAAAGAUGCAUUCGCUUCACUAUCGUAUCUGGAAACUUUGGAUUUAUCGAAAAAUGUUAUCCUAGCACUACCAGAUUCAUUAUUCCAGCUGCCAUCAUUAAGAAAGUUAUAUUUAAACGGAAAUCCAUUGCUACAUAUGAGCUUUAAAGAUCUGAUUAUAACGAAGCCAAUACAAGCACCAUUGGAACUAUUAGACCUGUCAGAUUGUAAGUUAGAUAAAUUGCCAGACUGGGGUAUUCUACCCAAUUUGGUUCUUUACAAUAUAUCGCAAAAUCCAUUAACAACACUCGAACCUCAACACUUCAGUACCAUGUGCAAGUUGGCUAAAGUGGAUUUAACAGAAUCCAUAGACAAAUUAAAAUUGUGCGAAUUAAAAGCGACCGUCAUUUGGUUUCAAGAGAAAAAUGUUUAUUUCCAUCUAAAUGAUUACAACAGGUUGAAUUCUAGAGAAUUCGACAACUGUCCAAAGCCAGAAAUAUCUGCUACGUUAAACGCUAGUUAUCAUCUCUGCGAAUCAGUUUAUACACAGGUUCAAAAUAUAAAAACAUCAAGACGAACAUGGUUAACAAUAGGCGGCGGACUUGCCGGCUUCCUGGUCGGCUUUGUACUACUUCUUUACAUCAUGCAUCGACACAACGUCGCCCAAACAAAGAGAACAGCGAAAGAGAAAACUACGGCCGCUGACAAGAACGCGACUACGAACCUUCUCAAUGACGUCUCCUAAGACCAAGGAGGUAGAAAAGGAGAUUCCACCUCUUUGAUAGAUGGUUAGAAUAGGAAAUACCACUAUUGAUGCCCGGUAGUCGAUUAUAGACGUUAUUUAAAUAUUAAGAGCACUUCUGAAUUUUUCCUUGAAUUAAUAAUAAGAGGCAAUCGUAAAUAAAAACGUAUUUUUGAAUGUAUGG